UCUACGACUUCACCAACCACCAAUUACCAUGCAAGCUCAUCCUCAAACACCGCUGACCUUUUUCUAGCUCAACCAUAGCUCGCUCCCGCUCGCUCUCCUAUUCAGAGGGAAAAUCAAAGAGGGAGUGUACCGUAAACGAUGUCGUUUUUGUCUUCUCUAUGUUCUUCUCAAUCUCUGUCUCUACUUUCCAAAGCCCAACCCUUGAACCGAGACUGCAAGCCUGCCAUCGUUUCCUUCAGCACUCGCCUCAGAGCUUCCGCUGAAGUUCCGGAUUUCCUCUCCGCAGAUUGGCUUGAAUCUCGCAAGAAGAGACCCUUUGGCCCAAGAUUAAAUUUUAGUGCAGAAGAAGCUGUUCAAUGUCAACUUGAUGCAUUGAAGUACAAUGAUCAACCCCGUCAGGAUUAUGGCAUCGAGGUUAUGUACAGGUUUGCUGGGUUUGAUCCUUUUGAAAGGUCGACCUAUUUUGGACCCUUCUUUGAUUUGGGGCAGUUUGAACGCUUUAGGCGGAUUUUUCACCAUUCAACCUAUAGAGUAUUGCUAGGUCACAAGGAGAGAAAGAUCUUGAGUAGUUUGUCUGUGGAGGAGAACCGGUUUAAGCAACGGGUUUGGAUACGAGGAAGUCGCCCAGAGGAAGAAGAAACUUUUCAGUUUACCAUGGUUCAGAGGGUUGGUGGUUCGUGGGAUGGUUAUUGGCUGACAGAAAGUUUACUUCACGAUGGUGAUACAUUUGCCGGAGGGUUGGCAUACUAAAAAUCCAAUGCCGCUCUCAUACAAUGGGCAUCCGAAUAUCUGUUGGCUUGAUGUUCAUCGAUGAUAUUUUUUGCCUAUUGCUAACCGUAGUGUUUGUAUAUAGUGAAUAUAAGGUGCUGUAAUAUUAAUGCCUUUCAUUAUGCAUAUGGUUGAACUUUAUAAAUUUGAACAAUUGUAUAUUCAUUUCCUUAUAGAUAGGGAGCUAUAUGUACUUUUGCUUCAGCA